GGAGCCGCAGUGGCGAUGGCGGCGCCGCCGGCGGCGGGCGGAGGGCCGGGCGCGGGGCGCGGGCGCGGGCCGGCGCUGCGGGAGGGCGCGCGGGUGUCGGCGCUCUGCCUGGCCUGGUACGGGCUGAGCGCGGGCGGCAACGUGGUGAACAAGCUGCUGCUCAGCGGCUUCCCGCGGCCCGUCACCGUCUCGCUCUUCCACAUCCUGGGGCUGUGCGGCCUCCUGCCGCCGCUGCUGCGCGCCUGGCGCGUGCCCCCCGCCGGCCCCGCGCAGCUCCCGCCGCGCGCCUACCCGCGCUACAUCCUGCCGCUCGCCUUCGGCAAGUACUUCGCCUCCGUGUCGGCGCACGUGUCGCUCUGGCGCGUGCCCGUGUCCUACGCGCACACAGUGAAGGCCACCAUGCCCAUCUGGGUCGUGCUGCUCUCCAGGAUCAUCAUGAAGGAGAAGCAGACCACAAAGGUGUAUUUAUCAUUAAUCCCUAUAAUUAGCGGUGUCCUGCUGGCCACGGUGACUGAACUGUCUUUUGACAUGUGGGGACUCAUCAGUGCUCUUGCUGCUACGCUUUGCUUCUCACUUCAGAACAUCUUUUCCAAAAAGGUGUUAAGAGAUUCCCGGAUACAUCAUCUUCGGUUGCUGAAUAUACUUGGAUGCCAUGCUGUAUUUUUUAUGAUCCCAACAUGGGUUUUGGUGGACCUUUCUUCCUUCCUAGUAGAGAAUGACUUGAGUACUGUGUCUCAUUGGUCCUGGACCUUAAUGCUGCUCAUAAUCAGUGGAUUCUGUAACUUUGCCCAGAAUGUCAUUGCCUUCAGUAUUCUUAAUUUGAUCAGCCCUUUAAGUUACUCUGUUGCAAAUGCCACAAAAAGAAUCAUGGUCAUAACAGUUUCUCUUAUAAUGCUUCGAAACCCGGUUACCAGCACCAAUGUUCUUGGAAUGAUGACUGCUAUCCUAGGAGUAUUCUUGUAUAACAAGACAAAAUAUGAUGCAAACCAGGAAGCGAAGAAGCAGUUGCUUCCAAUUACAGCUGCAGACCUUGUGAAUUUGGACCAUCACCGGAACACUCCAGAAAAGUCUCAGAAUGGACUCGUGGCAUUUUCACAACAUGGAGACUAUCAGUAUGGCCGAACCAAUGUUUUAACGGAUCACUUCCAGUAUAACAGGCAAAACCAUCCAACCGCAUACAACUUAAAUCGAUUUGAUAUAUAGCAUCUUGGCAAACAGGUAUAGACUGUUAUGCAAGGUUUCCCCAGCAUUAUCAGAAACUUCUGGCACAUCCAUGAAUGUAAAGCUAAAGAUUUGUACAGAUUUUGCAGAAGGGAAGAUGAUGGUGUGUGGAAAGGGGUACAGGCUUUCAUCUUCAGCUGAGCAUCUCUAAACAUGCUGCAGUUGGGUUUGACAUUGCCAGGACCUCAGUGUGAGAAUUGCACUGUACGUUUGGUUCCAAAGUGCAAGCUUGAAGCUGCAGCAUAAAUAUCUGCUGUCGUUGCCAUAUAAUGAAAGGUCUCGUGCCCGUCAAUAAUAUUUAAAGUAAAAUUUGGGAGGGAAGGGGAGCAUAGAGAACUGACAUGUCUCUAAAAUUCAUGUCACUGUCACAGUUUUAAUUAUUAACAAGUGGAGGAACGGAGCUAAAGGCUCUAGUCUUCACAUUCUCUGAAUCAUGAAGUCUUGUAACUUUUUCAGGAAUCAGUUUUUCCCCCUGACAACAUAGAAAACUUGUUGGCAAAUAAAGUAUUUGUAACAACGUGA